AUGGCCACCGAGUCACGCUUCUACGUCUACCUUGAGCCCUAUGAGCCACUGGUGGAUGCAGCCGCAGCUCUCGUCGCCACGAUAGUCCAGUCUCUUCGCACUCACGGUCUCAAGGCUAUAUGGCACUUCACCGAGUGGCGAGAUGCCGCUUUUGCAUCCUGGUACAAGAAUUCGAGUCCUAAUUUCGUGCAAUACGAGGACACUACCGCAGUCCCAGCGCUCGUCUCUGAUGCGGCAGGCGUCGUGCUCGACGUAGGUCCGGGUAACGGGAAUCAGCUUUCUCGCCUAGACAAGGACAAGAUCAAACACGUCUAUGGCAUUGAGAAGAACCCCCAUUUCAUUCCGGACCUGGAGCUCCAAAUUCAGAAAAUGGGCCUUGCACGAAAGUACUCUGUCAUUGCUUGUGGCAUUGAAGACACCGAUGUGCUAGAGAAGAACGGCAUUGCCGAGGGUAGUAUUGAUACCGUGUUGUGCAUUCAGGUCCUGUGCUCCGUGUCCGACCCGCAGCGGGUUGCCCGCGGUCUGUACAAGCUUCUCAAGCCCGGCGGCACUCUCAUAUUCUGGGAGCACCAUGUCAACCAUGACUUUGGGAUGAGGGUAGCGCAAUGGUUUUGGAAUCCGGCAUGGAAAUAUGUCGUCGGCGGCUGUAAUGUCAAUAGAGAUACACUUGCCAUAUUGAAACAAGCUGGGGCUUGGGAGAACUUUGAUUCAAUCCAAGGAGAUGAAGAGCCGAACAGCUUUCUCCCGCGGAUAUGGGGUGGACUUGUCAAGAGUAGUUAA